CGGUCGAAGAUGUUUAGCACGGACAGAUAUUGAUGUUAUCGCAAUUGCUGCCGCAGACCUUCGACCUCCCGACCCAUUGUUUCCUUUUUUUCUUGGUCCUGUGGGUGGAGGUCAGGAUGACGGUGAAGAAGACGAGGAGGGUUGCCGAAGAGCCCUCGCCAUCCCCUUCGUAUAGAGAUGAUGCUAGGAAAAGAGUUAGAUUCCAAUCGCUCUCGCAAGAUUAUACGGCGUUUCUUGAGGAAACUGAAGAAAAGAAGAGGAGAUUGCUGGAGGCAAGACUAAGGAAACGUAAACUCUUUGCUGAAGCCAGAUUUUUGAGAAGAAAACUUGAGACCUUAUUUGCAAACCCGUAUCAGCAAGUUAGAUUGAAGGAACCAUCAAGUAAAACUCCAGUGAUCAAACCUCCUACAGAAAAGAAACCCAGAGUAUCUGAAGCUGCACGGACAAGUAACUACAGUAGAGAUAACUUGUAUGCAAAUGCAUCUCAGUAUCAGUUUAAAAAGAGGUCUCAGAAAAAGCCAACCAAAUCUCUCUGUGUUGCACAAUCUUCGGGUGUGUUCAUCCCAAGGGAAGCCCCCCCUCAAAACAUGAUGACAAUGGAAGCUGCAAAUGCUAGCACUUCCGCAACUCUAGGUGCGAAUGAAGUAUCGUUUAAGAAUGGGGAGGAACUGAACAAGUUUCAUUUGGAGCAGUAUCACAUACAAAUGGAGAGACUCAAUAGAGUGCCUAUGAUUGGAGGCUCAAAUGAUAUGUUAGCGAUUUGUAGAGAUUUUGGAAACAACUCAAAGAAGACUGGUAAGAGAAAACUCUCAUGGCGAGACCCACUGGUGUUGAAGGCUUGAAGGCUUGAUGGAGAGCACAUCUGUUUUACUGUCACUAAGUGGUUCGUCCAUGUUCAUCGCGUGAAGAAGCGAGUUUUCCUGCCAUUAAUCUAAAUGGUAGUUUCCAUUUGAAUUCUUUCAGUUUGAUUUAUAAAUGAAUUAUGUUCCGACACGUUGUAUCAGUGAGCAAGUGAUAGAUAUGUUGGCUCA